UUGAGUGCCUCCUGGAGUGAAUGCUCUACUGGCAAGAGGCUUCCUGGCUAGUGCUGCUUCCAUCCCGCAGCUAAUUCUGCAAGUGGCAGCUGGAAUGAUCUUUUUAAAUAACCCAUCGGACCGGGUUGCUCCCCUCCUUCGUCUUCAGUUUGUGGCCCCGCAGGCGUGGUUCCUGUGUCCAUAGUAACUGCUUCCGCGCACUGUUCUGACCUUUUGCUCCCAGGCGCCUGGCCGCCUGGCCUUUAAGGGUUGCCUAUGCCCCCGCAUGCUCUUCCUGGGGGUUUUGCACAGUUACCUCGUUCUCCUUUACCUGUCACUUUGAAGAAGGCCUUCCAGGGGCCUUCUCUCUAGAGACCCAGUCUUCUUUCACCUCAUUUCCCUCUUCAGUCUGUGGCACUGCCAACAACUUCAUCAUAAAAAGCAACGAUGUAGGUAUGAUGGCCAAGAAACAAAAGGAUCUAAGUUCAUUACCUCCCAUUCAAGUGAUUUCAGUGACCCAGUUUACAAAGAGAUUGCUAUUACAAAUGGUUGCAUUAAUAGAAUGAGUAAGGAAGAACUCAGAGCUAAACUUUCAGAAUUCAAGCUUGAAACCAGGUGGUGUAUGCUGGCAAGGCUUACGGUUCGAAGUGCUAGAAUAUAUUGAAGAAAAAAUGCUCUUACAUACUACAAAAUGAAAAGAGGAGUAAAGGAUGUACUAAAGAAGAGGCUGAAAAACUAUUAUAAGAAGCAGAAGCUGAUGUUGAAAGAGGACAAUUGUGCUGACAGUUACUACGACUACAUUUGUAUUAUUGACUUUGAAGCUACUUGUGAAGAGGGUAACCCACCCGAGUUCAUACAUGAAAUAAUUGAAUUUCCUGUUGUUUUACUGAAUACUGGUACCUUAGAAAUAGAAGAUACGUUUCAGCAGUAUGUGAGACCAGAGGUUAACACCCAGCUUUCUGAUUUCUGCAUCAAUUUAACUGGAAUUACUCAGGACCAGGUAGACAAAGCUGAUACCUUCCCUCAGGUACUGAAAAAAGUAAUUGACUGGAUGAAAUUGAAGGAAUUAGGAACAAAGUAUAAGUAUUGUAUAUUAACAGAUGGUUCGUGGGAUAUGAGUAAAUUCCUGAACAUUCAGUGCCGGCUCAGCAGGCUGAAAUAUCCUCCUUUUGCUAAAAAGUGGAUCAAUAUUCGAAAGUCAUAUGGAAAUUUUUACAAGGUUCCUAGAGGCCAAACCAAACUGACAAUAAUGCUUGAAAAACUGGGAAUGGAUUAUGAUGGGCGGCCACACAGUGGCCUUGAUGACUCCAAGAAUAUUGCCCGAAUAGCAAUUCGAAUGCUUCAGGAUGGAUGCGAACUCCGAAUUAAUGAAAAAAUGCAUGCAGGACAGUUAAUGAGUGUGUCUUCCUCAUUACCAAUAGAGGGCGCUCCACCUCCACAAAUGCCACAUUCUAGAAAAUAACAGCUUUUUUGCCUUUUGCCCAUGGAUCAUUCACUAUAACUGGAGUUGCUACAAAGGGAUAGCAGAUGAAUACUUAUUGAACUAGUCUUGCAGUGCAAAAUUUAAGCACCUUAGAUAAAAAAUCUUAUUUACAGUUAUAGAUACAUAUACGUGAACAGAUUCUGUGGAGAGGGCAUAUUGAAUUAUUUGUCACCAGCACUUUUAUAUGAGCAGUAAUUGUUACACAGUAACAGUUCCUUUAGAACUGAAUUUUAUAGUUUAAGGUGUCUAAGAUGUGUUUCUUUUGGUUUUAAAUGCAAAGGUUUAUUGAGUUUCCCUUUGUCAUCUCUUACUGAGUUAAAAUAUAUAAUGUAUUUCUACAUUAACAUCAUUAGAUCAAAUUAUUUCUUAAUUGCAGAAAAGAUUGGAAGGUGGACCUUAUAUAGCUUUUGGUUUCUAAUAAUAUAGUCCUAUUGAUUUUUGAAGUUUAUGUGUGAAGUUCAACUGUUUGUGGUGAAUUUCAUAAAGUACGUGGUACACAUACUUGUCUGUGUUUGUUUUCAAUUUAUAAUUGUAAGACUUGUGAUAGAUUAUAGGGUCUGGUUAAAAAUUUAGCACUGAUGACAAUGGCAAGUCAGAAGAAAAUACCAUUUAAAGGAACAUCAGGGCUAUACUUCAGACUUUAUAAUACACAGAUAAAUCAGUGGGAUUUGGUGACUUGGCUUUUUGAUUCCCCUCCUGCUCAUGACAUAUAUCUGCCCUAAUUCUUAAAUCUAAGAGACCAUGCUUUGAAGUAGACUUAAAACUAAGGGUCAUAAUUUUUUAUUUGUAUUUAACAUUGUGAGUGAGGUUAAUAAAGUCAAGUAAUGCUUUCUACCAUGUUUUAUGUUUUUAUUAAAAACUGAUUUUACAUAGUGACCACUAAAUGUUGAAUAGUUAAUUUUUAACUAGUUGUAAAAACAAAAAUGUGUUCACAGAGUUGAGAAAGGAAAACUCUUUUUAUUUAGAAGCUAAAAGUACGUAUUUUCAGACUUGCAUUUUCUCCUAUAGCUUUCAUGAAUAAUUUCAUCGGCAUUUUUUUCCAUGGAGCAUUUUCAUUGACAUUGCUUUUUUCUUUUUUAAUAAUUGUGAUGAUACUUUAUUUUAAUGAUUUAUGUGUUAUAAUCAAAUGAAUUUUAUAGAGGUUUUUCAACCGUGAUGGAUAGGAUAAAAGGUAUUUUUCUUGGUAUGAAAAUAUACACAGUGCUGUAGGUUCCUACUUAAAAGAAUGAAUUUCUGCCCUUGGGUAGUAGUUGUAGAAUCAGCAUAAUAGAGAAUAACAGGUGGACAAUAGAAGGCACCGGGGUAUAUGAUGCCCUUAGACAAAUUGAUGUGGAGUAUAGUGAAACAUCUAGAAAUUUUAGGUUUUUACAGUAAACUC